CGAGCUAGGUGGCUAAUGCUACAUGACUCCCUCAGGGAACAGGGGGGGGCUGGAGACACACGCGGGACAGACAAGAGACAAACUCACCGGCUACAAGCUGGAGAGAAGCGGCUGUGUCGUCCUUCUACUUCCUGGUUCAGAGGUCAACCCGCUGUGAAGAGGAGCUCGAGAAAGAUCCACGGAAACGGACUGAAACCGCUCGAGAACAUGUCCCACACCAUCCUGCUGGUGCAGCCCACCAAGAGGCCCGAGGGGAGGACGUACGCUGACUACGAGUCAGUCAACGAGUGUAUGGAAGGUGUCUGUAAGAUGUACGAGGAGCAUUUAAAGAGGAUGAACCCCAACAGUCCGUCGAUAACGUACGACAUCAGCCAGCUGUUCGACUUCAUCGACGACCUGGCUGACCUCAGCUGUCUGGUGUAUCGAACCGACACGCAGACGUACCAGCCGUACAACAAGGACUGGAUCAAGGAGAAGAUCUACGUGCUGCUGCGCCGUCAGGCCCAGCAGGCGACCAAGUGAAGGAACGGCUGGAGAGUCCAGGAGGAGGAGGGGGGGGGGGGUGGUGUUUGUGUUGGGGAGCUGGUGUUAUUUUUACUGUGUAACUUGUGUUGACAAAGUUUGACCGAACUUAUUUUUGAAAAUAUUUUGUUUCUUCCUGCAGAGGGGGUGUAUUUUCUAUCUUAAUGUUUGACUUAUUAAUAAAGAUUUCAUUUUAAA